UUACUUUGUAGAAAAAUAAUGUCCCAAAUAUCUAAAUCAAGUCUACCUAUUGUUCUCCUAAUCUCACUCUCAACAGUUCUAGGUAAGCCGAACAGAAACCAGUACAAGAUGGUUCCAGGCUAUGAGGAUCCUGAAGUACAAAACUUGAUCGAUUUGUCCGCUAUCUAUAAUAUUCCUAUGUUAGUUGACCUCUCUGAAGCUCAAGAUCUUGGGUUCGAGGCUGAAUAUCCUCGAGGCUUGAAAUCCAGCGAGUUCAUAAGACUGCGCCGAGUGCCUGGCUCUGAAUUCCUGGGUAAACGGUCUGCACCUCCCUCACCACCAACAAACAGCUAUCUUGAGAGAAUAAGAGAGAACAGACUUGCGAAAGAGCAAUGGAGGAUGCAGAAGCGCGUUCCCGGGUCAGAGUUUCUUGGUUGAAUUCACAAGAACGAAGACGAUCUAGAUUCACGGAUCAGAUCAGCUGUAUCCAUCUUGCCAUGGAUCAGCUCAAUUCAAAGUAAAUCCCAAUGGCUGAACUGAACUACUUAACACAAUUUUUAUCUGUAUUAAAGUGUACAAUGUGAACAUAUUAUAACAACUGGAGGUGGGCAAGGGGGGAGAUCAUUUUGUUUCUUAACUUAUUUAAAACUUUAUCUAAUUAAAAAAGAGCAGUUUUGUAGAGAAACAAUUAUUAAUAUAAUUCUGAACUGUUUAUUAUUUUUUCAUGUUUUAAGUAAUUUUAUUAGCUAGAAUCUGCUUUGGUCUACUCAAUAACCUUUAAUUAGUAUUGUUUUCAUACAACUCGAAAUUCCAGCCCCAGUUAAAACAAAAACUGUAAUGUAACAAUGUAUUUGUGACAGAGGAACAAAUUAAAUAUUGAACACAUAACACAGACAAAUCCUCAAAUAUCAAAGAUCAGCAAAAUUUACAUUAUUUACUUUUAAUCAAGAUUCUACUUUUUUACACAGAAUUCAAACUUAAAUUCGAAUAACUAUGUGUCUAAAUUACCAAGUCCUGAAUGUGAAUAUAUUCUAAUGAAAUACAUAUUGUUCGUUGUUAACUGUUUACUAAACCGUUCUGUACAUAAAUAUGAAAAAUAAACCCAAUCAUGAAUUCUCAGAA